AACCCACACUCUUCCCCCACCGCAGACACAGUCAAAAAUGAGGCCGAUAUUGCUUUCGGGCCACGAGCGCGCGCUCACCCAGGUCAAAUACAACCCGGACGGAGACAUCAUAUUCUCAGUCUCAAAGGAUCAUGUUGUGUGCGCCUGGUUCUCACACAACGGCGAACGGUUAGGAACCUACCAUGGCCACCAGGGCGCUCUCUGGACCGUUGACGUCGACCCCACAAGCUCACUCCUCGCGACCGGCGGCGCAGACAACACGAUGCGGUUAUGGGAGGUCAAGACCGGCAAGCUCCUAAAGACGUGGGAGUUUGCUACAUCGAUCAAGCGCGUCGAGUUCUCCUCGGACGGCAAGCUGCUGCUCGGCGUGACGGAAAAGCGAUCGGGCCAUCUUAGCACGAUUGUUGUCUACGAGAUCAACCCGGACCCAGCGGCGGAGCAGACGGAUGAACAAGCCCUGAGAAUAGUGUGUGACGAGAGCAAGGCUACGGUCGCGGGCUUCAGCUAUCUCUCGCAUUACAUCAUCUCUGGACACGAGGAUGGUUCGGUCUCGCAGUGGGACGCUAAGACCGGGGAGUUGCUGUUCAGCACUCAGGUACAUGAGGACGAUAUGCAAAUUACGGAUCUCCAGUGGGCACCGGACCGUACAUACUUCAUCACGGCCUCAAAAGACAAGACAGCGAAGCUCGUCGCCGCAGACAGCCUCGAUGUUCUCAAAUCCUACCCCACCGACACGCCGCUGAACAGCGCCGCCAUAACCCCAGUGAAAGAUUACGUUAUCCUCGGUGGUGGUCAAGCCGCUAUGGACGUCACCACGACUAGCGCCAGGCAAGGAAAGUUUGAAGCCCGCUUCUACCACAAGAUCUUCAUGGAGGAAAUCGGCCGUGUGAGGGGACACUUCGGCCCGCUGAACUACGUUGCCGUCCACCCACAAGGCCUAGGAUACUGCAGCGGCGGAGAGGAUGGUUACGUGCGUGUACAUCACUUCGACAAGCCUUACUUCGACUUCAUGUACGAGGUCGAGAGAGAACAGGCACAAGCGCAGGCGAAUCUGUAAAGCGUAUAACUUGUUCGAUAAUUGAUGCAUGCAACGGCGUUUGGG